AUGGCGCGGAUCACGGAAGCCAAUGGGCGAGGCUCGCCGUCAGAAGUUUUCUCCACGAAUAUCCUCCAAAUGGAGAACGGAAAGAAGCCCAAGAAGCCCUCGCAACGCUUCAAAAACUUGGCCAUAUUGGCCGCCAUUCUCUGUGUUCUCUUCAUGAUCGCGACAGUCGCGUUGGCCAUCAUGUUGGGCAUGAAGAUGAAGCAGUUCAAGACGUUGGAUGAUGAGGUAAAUCUGCUUCUUUUUAAUCCUUUUUCGCUCCAACUUUUACUUUUUCGGAAGUCUUUAAUCUCUAUUGUCAUUUCCAACGCUUUGUUGCGUCUGCGCCAACCGAAUGGGGGUAGAAAAUAAUGUUUGAAAUUGAAUAUUUCAGUCGCCCUCAGUGUCUCCCAUUGAGAAACCCUGUUCCUCGGAUAAAUUGGAUUGGCCAGAGCCCAGUGGGUCCCUCGGAGCUCAAUACAAGAAAGCGGCCAUCGCGACGGAUCAUGGAUUCUGCAGUGAAAUUGGAAGGUAGGGAGGUUAUUUACAGCGGGUCUGCUCGAAUGGGAUGCUCAGAUUUUAAAGAAAUUUGGCCGAAAAUUAAAUUCAACUGUUCCAUGACACAUAAGACAGGUUUAGAACGCGUUUUGCAGAAUCAACGGAAACUUUAAGGCGGAAGUAAAUGCAACACUUUCCGGAUUUUCGUUGUAAACAUUUUUGGUUCACUGAGCGACUAAUUUACCUACAAUAUUUUCCAUGCGAGAAAAAGACGAAAAACUUCUUUGCCUCAAGCUAAAUAUUUUUGGAAUUGUGACAUGAUCUAGGCCCAAUAUGAGCGCAAAAUUUAAAGACAAUGUGAGCGUCGAAUUUCGAGCACCCCAUCAAGUCAAAUAUGAAAAAACCACAAUUUUCUCGAACUUUUUUUGUCAUAAUAGGAUUACUUUUUUGGGUUUUCUAAUCUUAUAAAGCAAUGUUUAUCCACUUCCAAAGUUCUUUUCAACUUUAAAGUCUCUAUUGAUUCGAGUUUACGUUGAUCAAAAAGUUUUCGAAUGCUCAAACAUAAAGUACAGCUCCUUCUUUACCCUCAAUAUCACUCAUUUCUGAACAUCUUUUUUAGGAAUAUUCUAAUCAAAGGCGGGAAUGCGGUGGAUUCGGCGAUUGCAUCACUGUUGUGCAUUGGAGUGGUUAAUCCGCAGAGUUCUGGUAUCGGCGGCGGCUUCAUCAUGACUGUGUAUAAUACGUAAGCUUCCUAUAACUACUCUGUUUAAUCUCCAUAUGAUGGAUUUGCAUAAUUUGGAGCAUGUUAUUCAUCGAGUUUGAGUGAUUCGAGGUGUUUUUACGAAUUGUCAUCAAAAAAUUUAUCAAAACUAAUCUUGAAAUAAGGUCUUGAAGAUUUUUGAGUGAGAGUUGACCAAGACAUUCAUGAUUCCCAGGUCGAGAUUUUCAAAAAUUUUUUAUGUAUGAUCGGAGGUCGGCUACAAUCGUCCGACAAAAAGAGGUUUGAAACACCUUUCUGUAAAACCAAUAUAGGACAAAAAACGUUUAAACUUCGUGCCGGUAUUGUGUCUAACCAAUCCUGACCGAUUCACCACCGAACCGGACGAUCAUGGCGCACAGGCAAUUUGUCUAGCGCAAUAAAGUUGAAGUUGAAAGUUAAAUUACCAUAAUACCUCGGCUACUGCUACCAAUUUCAAGCUAACCCUUUCAGCGUUUGACCUGUUAAUUAUUUAGAACCCAUAUGCAAAAUUUUGCGCAAAUCUGAAUGAAUCUCAUGCAAGACUCUUUAUUCAAACAAAGUACAGGGUGUUUCAAGAAAUUUGGAACAAAUGAUUUGCUUAUAUCUUUGUGUUCUUUGCAGCUAUCAACGAAUAUCUUUUUGCUUCUAAAAAUUGACAGCGUGCGUUUUUAGAAUCUCAAAAAAAUUUUUUUUUCGUCGGCGGAGGGCCCAUUUCUCGGCGGAGAAAAUUAGGGCCUUUUUUAAAAAUCACAGCGUAUUACGUGGCGGAAACGCCGUUGCAACGGCUGAAAUCAAGUUUACGUUACACCUCCGUCGAUUUUACGGUAUGCAUUUUUUUGUUUUCGAUUUUACGCGCACCGCGGAGGCGCGGCGGAGACUUCAGAUUUCGGCGGACGUUGUUUUGGGCCUUUGGCUGUUGCAAUUCAUGUUGGAAAAGAGGUUGGGGUGAUUUUUUGUUGUCAUCCGAUGCACAGAUGGCAAAAAUUUCGUGCUUUUUUUCCCCGGCGGAGGAUUCGGCGGAGGCUUUAUCAAAGGGUCAAAGCAGUCUUACGAGUCCGGGAAAAAUCUCAGCUACAAGAAUCCAUCAGAGCAGCAUUGUCUUUCAAAGAUUUUUGAUUUUUUUGGUCCGGCGGACAAAUCGGCGGAGUUUUGUUUUUACCCUUUGAUAAAGCCUCCGCCGAGUCCUCCGCCGGGGAUAAAAAGCACCAAAUUUUUGCCAUCUGCGCAUCGGAUGACAACAAAAAAUCACCCAAACCUCUUUUCCAACAUGGGUUGCAAAAACCAAAGGCCCAAAACAACGUCCACCGAAAUCUGAGGUCUCCGCCGCGCAUCCGCGGAAGUGCGUAAAAUCGAAAACGCAAAAAAUGCAUACCGUAAAAUCGAUGGAGGUAUUACGUAAACUUGAUUUCAGCCGUCGCAACGGCGUUUCCGCCACGUAAUACGCUGUGAUUUUUAAAAAAGGCCCUAAUUUUCUCCGCCGAGAAAUGGGCCCUCCGCCGACGAAAAAAAAAUUUUUUUGAGAUUCUAAAAACGCACGCUGUCAAUUUUUAGAAGCAAAAAGAAAUUCGUUGAUAGCUGCAAAGAACACAAAGAUAUAAGCAAAUCAUUUGUUCCAAAUUUCUUGAAACACCCUGUAAACAUUCUUUUCGACAUCAUACCGUAUUUUCAGCACAACCCAGCGAUGUUUCACGAUCGAUGCGAGGGAAACGGCGCCCAAGGCAGCGACCGAGGACAUGUUUGUAAACCAAGAUCCCCAUGGAGGAAAUGGAUCGAUUAUUGGAUUCAGAAGUAUCGCCACUCCUGGAGAAAUUCAUGGCUACAGAACGGCCUUUUUGAGAUACGGAAGUGGGAAAGUGACGUGGAAGGAGAUCUUCGAGCCGGCCAUAAAUCUGGCCAGAAAUGGAUUCCCGGUCUCGUCGAAUCUGGCCAUGGUUCUAGUAAAAAUGGAACAAUAUAUCCGGGAUGAUGAAGAUAUGAGGUAAAGAUUGGCUCAAAAAAUCGUUAAGGAGUCGUUUCUUUUUGAUCGAAUUUGCCAUUGGAUUGAAGUUACAGUAAGAUUGACCUCUGUUCUCUUUUCAGGAGAGCUUUCUUCGACCCAGCCACCAACAAACCUUACGAAGAAGGCCAAAUCAUGAAGAGAGUUCGUCUGGCCGAGACUUUGGACGAGCUGGCCAAUAGCAAAGACCCGAUCAAACUCUUCUACAAAGGUCGGUAGCGUCUUCUUACACUUUACAACCCAUUUUCAGGUGGAAUGGCUCAGACAAUUUCAUCGGAAAUCACUGAAAAUGGCGGUUUGGUGACGCCACAGGAUCUGGAGAGCUACGAAACCACGAUUUACGAGACCCCGUUGGAGAGUAACGUGUUGCCCGGGGAUCUGAUCAUGUGUGGUCCCCCUCCACCGUCCUCAUUCGCAGUGGCGGCCGCCAUUGUAGGAGUAAUGGCCGAGUUUUAUCGCGACAAAAAACCGGAUCUGGACGAUCCGCUGGUCUAUCAUCGACUAAUUGAAGCUGAGAAGUUUGCGUAUGCGCAGAGAACCCACUUCGGAGACAGUCAUUUCGUGAAGACCGACCUGGUCUACAAUAUGACCACUCCGUAAGUUGUAUCAGCUAAAAUAUUUCUUACAAUCUUUCUCUAAACAAUGUCAUCGUUCCAGAGAAUUUGCUAAAUGGGUCGCCGGAAUGAUCAAAGAAGAAGCACAACCCAUGGAAUAUUACUCCAGGAACUUGACCGGUCACGUUCCCGAUCAUGGAACCUCUCAUGUCACUUCAUUGGACCCUCAGGGAAAUGCUGCGUCUGUCACAAGUACGGUAAACCAACUUUUGGGUGCUGUGAGGAUAUCUCAAUCUCUGGGAAUUGUCUGGAAUGAUCAGAUGGAUGACUUCAGUACUCCUGGGGUCGCCAAUGGCUUCGGAUUCGCUCCAUCGCCGGCGAACUUCAUUCAGCCCGGCAAGAAACCGAUGAGUUCCAUGUCUCCGGUCAUUAUUUAUGACAGCAAGGAGGGACGGGUAAGAAUUUCAUUUGAAUCUGUAUUUUAAAUAAAAUUUUGAUAUGUUUCUGUAACGUACUCGAUAAUAACGCUACUUUUCAGGUAAAAAUGGUAGUCGGAGCCUCUGGUGGAUCGCGAAUCAUCUCCGCGGUUGCCCAGACAAUUAUCCGGUCAGUUCUCUUCGGACAGACCGUCAAAGAAGCCGUCGAUGCACCCAGAAUUCAUCAUCAAUUCAUUCCAUUCAAUGUGGAGUUCGAGACAACUCUCCCGGAGAAGAUUGUCAGUUCUUUGGCCAAUGAUUACAAACAGACGAUGACUGGGAAUACCACCAAACAGCACAGUGUGGUACAGGCAUUGAUUCAUGAUGCAGAUGGAUUCAUUCACGGAAACAGCGACUUCAGAAGGAAAACAGCCACAUAUCCGGCCGGUUUCUAA